AUGGGAAAGAGAGAACGCGAAGAGGCUACGGCCACAGUUGACGCCGAGGUCCACAAGAAGGCAAAGAAGGACAAGAAGGAGAAGUCCGAGGACCCUGAGAAGGCAGCCAGAAAGGCGGCAAGAAAGGCAGCAAAGGCAGCUGCUAAGGCAGAGGCCAAGAAGCAAAAGAAGGCCGCAAAGGCUGCUAAGACCGAGUCAACAAGCACCACCACCGAGGCCGUCGCUGCCCCCGUUGCCGCGACUGGUGGCUACACCGAGCAUCCUGGCUUGACCGCUCUGCCCCAAUCCGAAAUUGACGCUUUCAUCGCCGAGAAGUUCAUCUCCGUCACCGACGAGUCCAAGGCAUCGCCCGCUUACAGACCCAUCACCUCGUUCGACUACGUGCCCAUUACCGAUAAAGCCCAGCGUGCGCCGUUCGCCAACUUCAAGACCCCCUCGCCCAUUCAGGCUGCUGCAUGGCCUUACCUUUACGCUGGAAGAGAUGUCAUUGGUGUUGCCGAGACUGGUUCCGGCAAGACCAUGGGUUUCGGUGUUCCUUGUGUGAGAUACAUUUCUUCCCUAUCCGCCAAGGAGCAGAAGAAGGGCAUCAAGGCUUGCAUUGUCUCUCCUACCAGAGAGCUUGCUGUGCAGAUUCAGGAGCAGCUUAUCAAGCUGGCCGAGCCUGCAGGCUUGAAGGCCGUCUGUGUCUAUGGUGGUGUGAACAAGGACCAGCAGCGUGCCACUCUUACUGGUGCCCACAUUGUCGUAGCUACCCCUGGACGUUUGAACGACUUCGUCAGCGAGGGAUCUAUUGAUCUCAGCAACGUCACCUACGCUGUUCUGGAUGAGGCUGAUCGCAUGCUUGACAAAGGUUUCGAGGAGGAGGUUCGCAAGAUUCUCGGCAGCUGUGCACCCACUGGCCGCCAAACUCUCAUGUUCACCGCAACAUGGCCUCCGUCAGUACGUGAGCUCGCCGCUACCUUCAUGAAGAAGCCCGUCCGCAUCAACAUUGGUGAGAACACCACUGGAGAGCUCCGUGCCAACACCAGAAUUACCCAAGAAGUUGAGGUUAUGGACUCCUACGACAAGAACGACCGCCUCAUCUCCCUCCUCAAAAAGUACCAGAGUGGAAAGAACAAGGAGGACCGUAUUCUGGUUUUCUGCCUGUACAAGAAGGAGGCAACCAGAAUUGAGGGUUUCAUUCGUUCCAAGGGCUUCAACGUUGGUGGUAUCCACGGUGAUUUGAGCCAGGACCAGCGCCAAAGGAGUUUGGAUGCCUUCAAGGCCGGCAAGGUCCCUCUUCUUGUUGCCACUGAUGUCGCUGCCAGAGGUCUUGAUAUUCCCGCUGUCAAGGUUGUUAUCAACGUCACUUUCCCUCUGACUGUCGAGGACUACGUCCACCGCAUCGGUCGUACUGGCCGUGCUGGCCAGGAUGGCAGAGCCAUCACUUUCUUCACUGACCACGAGAAGGCUCUCGCUGGAGGUCUGAUCAACGUUCUCAAGGGCGCCAACCAGCCCGUUCCCGAGAAUCUCAUGAAGUUCGGUACCACCGUGAAGAAGAAGGCUCACGACGCAUACGGUGCUUUCUACAGAGAUCCUAGCGAGAUGAAGGCUGCCACUAAGGUCACCUUCGAUGAUUGAUUUGUUCUUGGGUAUACCUGACUGAAGCAUGCAUAUUACGGCGUUACGGAAGGAUAUUGUACGACAUAGAUGGUCCUUAGUUAUAUUCACCCAAAAGUAUUAUCUGAACCUGUAUAACCACUCUCAAGUCCAGAAUGCAGUGACUUGAACACACAAUUUGAGUUUGUCUCUCUCUGGCGAUAAUUAUUUUGCUAUCGCAGGCCUUGGCAGUUCUUCGGGGAUGUGAGACGGGCACCGUUGAGAGCGCGGCCUUGACAUCGGCGACCUUUAGCUUUACAGUCAUAGAUAAAGAUCACUUUGACUUUGAUCUC